AUGUCGUCGACCCGCAAGCAGCAGAUCCGCCCGCGCUUCGUCGACCUCGCCGAGUUUGACGACGACCACUUCGCCCCCGCCACUUCCUCGUCGUCCGCAGCAACCAACCCAGACGGCUCUAACGCCUUCAACUGGCCGUCCGCCGCAACCGUCGUACGUCGGCCGCCACCCACCAUCGCCUCCGCAAAGCCAAAAGACACGUCCAUCCCAUCUUCGACGUCAGAGCCGCUGCCACAGGCGCAGACACAGACACGGAGCCACCCGGCCGAGCAGGCUGCCGCCUCUUCUCAGCAACCCAAGUCAAAGGUGGUCCGCAUCGCACCCGACUCGGCCAACCAGGUCAGGCAUAUCGAACAAAGGCCGUCCUCGAGCUCUACCGGCUUCUCCUUUGGACCCUCCAGCCAGCCAUCGAGACGCCCACCACCAGCCCACCAACAGCAGCACCAUGACGACGACCAGUUGCCCACCAGCUUCACCCUUGACUUUGACGAAGGUGGCACAGGUGCACCAGAGGGCAGCGGCUGGGGCUCGAGCGCACCGAUAGAGGCAGGUGCACCCCUCAUCGGAUCCAUCAGCGAGCGCAAGCCUAGCGGCAGCCGCACCGCCACCGCCACCGACCGCGCGAAACCGAGAGUCGGCUCUAGAUUCCUUGCCAGCAGGCAGAUGGACGCAGACAUGCGCUCCGCUGCAGAGAGCAAGGCAGCCGCCCUCGCCCGCGCAAAGACGUGGGAGGACCAGGAGCCUGGCACCGGCUUCCCUCGCGUGCCCAGGAGAGACGUCAUCGAUCCCAUCCUGCCCCGUAUCGGCGGCAGAUCGAGUGGACCAGAGCUCUCCGAGGACGUGCGUUCCGCGCCCAAGCCGACAGAGGAUAGAAGCGUGCAGGCGACGGCCGCAACCGCCGUCGACGAGGACGAAGAGUGGCUCGACGAGACGGGGCGGCCGAUGUCGGCGUUCCGCAAGACGCGCCUGCUCAAACAAGGUCUCCGGCCACCGGCAGUCCGGAGUCGCUCAGAGGGCGCAGCCCCUGCCACAGGAGCUGGCGCCAGCGAUGCGACCAGCGGCGCAGACGAGGGACACAGCUACGUGCGCGAUCCGACGCGCGAUCCUGGAGGAGGCGCCGACCCCGAGUCCAUCACCGCCAUGCUCGCCUCUGUCUCGAGCGAAAACGACCAGAAGGUCAAGGCCAUGGACGCCGCGCAAGUCCAAGAGGAGCUGCGGAGCCUCGAGGCACUCUUUGGCAAAAGCGUGCUCGACGCUCUGCGAGCGAGGAAGCCGAGCGGCGAUGCCGUUGCCACCGACGCCGACGCGGAUGCAGCGUCGGCUUCUGCAGCGAAAGAGGCGUCCCACAAGACUGCUUCCACUGAAGCACCGACCUCCGCCGCGCCUGCGACAGUCGAUCUAGACGGCCCCGACUCGAUCCGGAGGCGCUACUUCCCGGGCGAGCCCGAGGGUGUCAAUGCCUCGCUCGAGUGGAUGGUGCCGCGGCCAGCCGAGAGCGCGAAGGGCGGCACCGCAGCACAGACCGGCGAGCCGAGGUUCGACUUCGAGGGCAGCCUCGUCGAGCAGCGUCGAGACACCGACAGCACGUACGUCGCCGGCCUGCACCAUCACGGCGACGACCAGCAUGCGCCGGGAUACACUGCCUCCGAGUUGCUACACCUCGCCAGAAGCUCGGUUGCUGCCCAGCGGCAGCUCGCCCUCAACGUGCUGGGCAGGAUCUGCUCGCAGUAUCCGCUGUCUGGUCCCGCUGGCCGGCCUGCCGAGGUAGAUCAGGAGAGUGGUCUCAGCCUGUUGCCCGGCACCGAGCGCGCCACCAUUCAGGCAAGGACGCUGGUCGCCGCCCGGUGGCUGCUGCAGGAUCGCAACUUCACCGUCCGCUCGGCCGCCUUGCGCUGCCUCGGAGCCGUCGUCCGCUCCGGGCCAUCGGGUCAACGACCGACGCCGGGGUCGACGCUCCUCGUCGACUGGAGGCAGCUCGGACUGGCUUCCGCACCCGCGCAAAAGAAGGACAAGGACGACAUGUCGUUCGAGGACAUUGUCAAGGCAGACUGGGUCGACUUCCUCGUCGGCAGCGGCUUCCUCGACCUGUGCGUCGACAAGACCGAGAUGCUCGUCGCGACGAGCUGGGACGCCGAGAUGCUGCUCGAGGUGCUGUGGAGGAUGGCCAGCUGCUCGGCCGACCGCGCGCGGCGCAUUGUGGGCGCAGACGAGAGGCCGAUGCGCGACCUUGUCGUCGACCUCGGGCUCAAAGCGGCCUGGCCCCCGUCGGGCAGCUCUCGCAGCGGCGGCCGAGGCGGAGGCGGCGGCGUCGACGCCAUGGUGCUCGACGGCACCGUCGACCAUCUGCUUCGGUUCGUCAUGCUGUACCCCUGGAAGCUCGAGGAGGAUCUGGCGCCUGCCAUGGCGACAGCUCCGACCGCGCAUACCGAGGACGACGACGGCGGCGAUGACGAAUCGGAGGAGCUGGUGGUCCGCGCCUAUGAGCUUUUCGCCGCCUGCCUCGACGUCUACAGCUCGCUGGGCUUGUACGGACAGUACGCGUCGGUUGCCGGACGCACCUGGAGCGUGUGGCAGGACGUUGGCGCCUGGGCCAACCGACUGUUGCGACAGGGCGGCGCGGAAGGUCGUACCACGUCGAGCGCCGUGCGCCAGGCCAAGAUCGGCACGGUGGCGAGCUUCUUCCGUCUCCUCGAGAUCUGGACGGUGUGCGCCAAAGACCCGCAUCAGCUGCUCGGCCACCACGACAUUACCUGGACGCAGGUCAGGGACUGGGUCGAAAUCAGCUGCGAUGCGCUCGCCUCGCUCGGCGCCGGACCGCCAGCUGGAAGCGAUGGCGGCAUCGCCGUCCCUGAUGCGGCCCGCAUCGCCGGGUCGGCCGCCGGCCACUUGGUCGCCUGGGUCGACUGCUGCAAGGGCAAGCAGGCGAAGCUGCUCGAGGAGAGGCGCGGUGCUAUCGAGGCAGGCCUAGCUGCGGCGACAGCGGUCAUCUCUCCCGCGUUGGACGGCCUUGACCUUGAAGUUGUGACGGCAGCGACCGUCGAACAGACGGCCUCGCUGUGUGUCGCAGCUUCCAAUCUGCGACGAUUGCAGCGCGGCCUGCACGGGUCCGGCAUCGGCUCCAACACCGACACCGACACCGGCGCAAGCACGACGAGGAGCAAGUCAACGCCGCCCGACCUCGAUGCGCGACUCGCGAGCUUCGCUUCUCGCAUCCUCGCCGCCGACGCACUCUGGAACUUCCUCUCGAGCCCAACGUCGCGAGCUCAGGGGACGUACAGCCACCGGAGCAGCAUCGUGCACCUCAUCGCCGAGGUCCUGCCCGCCUCGUCGAGCCUGGACAGGCUGCUGCUGGUGCCGCAUCUGGGCGGCGGCGACCGCGCGCUGCUGCACCAGAUCACGAGCGAUGCGAUGCAGCACGUGCUCGGUGCUGAGGGCGCGGCGAUCCUGGCGCCGUUCCUCGACGAGUACAUCUGCGGCGGACACCAGCGGGCGUGGCGGGACAAGGUCCUGGCAAGGUCCCGAGCCAGCCUGGACGUGCACCCGAGCUCGGACAGGCUCGCCGGUCGUGCUGGGCUCUUUUAUGACGAGGUCGACCCGAUCGAGCUUGCCCGGCGGGAGCGUGCCUCGGCCGAAGCGGAGGCCAACGACGAAGCGGACAACGACGAGAGUGAGGGUGAGGGCGACGGCGACGACGGUGGCGAAGCGGAGAUGGAUCCGAUGACCAAGACGCCAUUCUGGCGGUCGCCCUCGCUCUCGCUGCCUCUGCGCUCCGACUGGCCGCUGGUGGCGCUCGACGAGCUGCUGCACAGCGCCAACAGCGCCGUGCUCAACCGCCCGGACAACCUCCCCGCGGGUUACGACGCCAACGAGCAGAGCAUCGUCGAGACGUCGCUGCGCCUCUUUGUCGACAUCGUCUCGGCGCUGCUGACGAGGUACGACGAGAAUGCCGCCACCGGCGGCGUGGGCCCGGACGGGGACGUCAGCGGUACCGCCGCCGCUGCCGCCGCUGGUGCCCUGCCGACGGCGGUGCAGAUCCGACUUGGGAUGUGCAAGGUGUUUAUGCUCGAGCAUGGCCAGUCUGAGUCGUUCCUCGCCGACGCUGACGCGGCGCAGCAGGGCGCGUCGACGAGCGCAGAGACGAAGCACAAGGUCGCAAUCGAGCGGGGUCGGUUGACGGGUCGCGAGAUCUUCCGCGAUCCAGCGGUAUCCAAGCAGAUCGAGACGUUGUUGGACCUCGCGGAUCGUCUUUCGACCCAUCCUUGCCUCUCCCUGUCCCCGUCCUCGUUCAAGACGGGGGUGGAUGACAACAAGAUGGCGGGGUCGAAUGACAACAAGACGGUGGGGACGACGAACGACUACAAGACGACGGUGGGGUCGAACGACAACGACAAGACAAAGACCAGGACCAACGACUACGAAAGCUGGACGACCCACACGCUCGGUGGGCACACCUCGUUCUACACGUUCUUCACGGACCUGGUGGGGCUGUACGACUCCAUCUCGUUUGGCGACGUCAGUUUCGGACGCAUCCUCCUCGUCCUCUGCUCGACCUCUUCCAACCUCGCCGUCGAGUACCGCCGUCUCCUCUGGAACGACUACGCCGAUUCACUCAUCUCCAUCCGUCUCCCCCCGCCCACACCCCCGCACGGUACACUCGAGGGUGUCUACUACGGUACCGAGAGGGACCCGGAUCCGGAGAUGCAGCGUAGCUAUAGCAUCGUGAUGCAGAGGCUGCAGACGCUGGGUAGGACGUCGUUUGUCCCGUUUUGCGUGGCCAGGUUCCAUCUUGCUUGA